UUUCUUCAAGUCUUCAUCUGUGCCUCUUAGACUCAGGCUAACAACUGCUUAGUUUCGGAGUUGUCCUUCCAAAUAGACUUGCCCUUAGUCAGUUCUUCGAGACGGGCAACCAUAUCAGGCACAAAAGGCAGUUGCUUCCGCGUUGCAGUCCUCAACUGGCUAGCCUAAUAAAUGACCUGUCCAUUAUGAGAGAAAGGAUAACCCACGCAUCCUGCCUACAUUUGGCAAGCGAGCUCCAUUGUCGGGCUAAGCUUGGAGCCAAGUUGCAGCCAUAUCCCUUUGCCAUUUACAUCGUCAGCAACAACGCGAACAUCAUCAUCAGACAGCAUUGAAAAAUCACUUCAAUGCACUAAAAUCCUAUUAAAUCCGUGCAGUCAAAGCAACAACAACACGAACAGAGAGCAACAUUAGUCAAGUAUUUUUAGCCAUUUUUGGCGCACGAAAAAUGCAAAUAAGUCAGCCAAGUCGUCAAGAGCCAGAACACGGGAGGAAGAGAAAGCCUUAGCGAGUGAGGGGCCUGUGCAUGUUUGACAAACAGGAAAACCUCAAAACACGGUUGGCCAAUUACGAUUGUAUAAGCCGAGUGGCUGCUGCUGCCGUUGCCAUUGCCGUUGCAGUUGCAGAGCCAAGCCCGAGUCCCAUGUCCCGAGUCCCUGCAGCUAAAUCCGCAUUCUGCAUUCCGUAUUCCGAACGCCGCAUUCGCAUUCGCAGCCAAAUCUGCCUUUGUCACAGCCAAGGCAAAUGUCAAUUGUGUUCGCCUUUGGGGUUGAGUGCAGGAUGUGAGGAUCAGGAUGAGGACAACAAAUUGCAUGUCAACAGCUCGCGUUGGGCAUAGGACCCGACCCAAGCUAAGCCAAGCGGGAUUAACGCUGACAAAAACAAAC